UCUUCUUCUUCUUCUUCUUCUCUCUAGAAGUAAGUUUGAAUUUGAAAUUAAAAACACUUUCGAGAAAUUAAAUUAAAAGAAACAGAGAGAAAGAAAGAAAAGAAAAGAACAAAGUAAAAAAAAAAAAAAAAAAAACUGUUGGAUAAAAAAAGAACAUGUUGGAAUGUAUUUGAUUUGUAGGGAAGCUGCGGGUGAUACCGAAUUUUCAACGUUCAAAGGAUAUCCUUUUUAAUUAAUGAAAAUUUCACAAUUUCUUAUACCCGAUGACAUAUAAUGAAAUUUUCAUCUUACGGUGAUUUACGGUGGACCAUCGAUGAUUCGCAACGGGAAUCACAAACCAGUUGAUGAUUAUCGUGGAUUACAAGUGAACAACGUUGUUCGCCAAUGGGUCAGAAUGAUCAUUGCGGAUCAUCCAUGAUCCACGUAAGAGGUUUCACUCUCAAUGGCUAUCGUGCAUCACCGGAAUGAUUCUGCUCUCCAAUUCCGUUGGAAAUUGCGUCUGGAACUUAACCAUGGUGCCUUCACUGUAGUCACGUUGUAUAAAAACUUUCUGACAAUUCGGAGGAGGCCCCCCACCUGCUUGCCCCCGACCAGCUGACAUGUCCUCCAGGGGCGAAAGGUGGACGAACUUACCAAUGGCAUUUUAAGCUUCGUCUUGGCGAUUUGUUGAUACUAGUCCGUCGAAAGUAACCUCGGCUGUUCCGUGAGAACGCAAGACGAAGAGACGGAGACGACUGGUCACUGAACCACAAAAUUUCCCUUGGAAAGCCACGGCGGACAGCGCUUUGACUGACGGCCACUACGACAUGACACCGCCGCCAUGAAACGUGCGCGCGCAAUGCGCGGCAAAUUGAAACGUACGGUUUACGUACAUAUCGUCUUUUACAACAUUUACACGCGUCGGCUCGUUAUAAUUGUUCCUUUGUUGAAUAGAUCACAGAUCAAAUGCGAUUACAGCAUUUUCUUUUUCAUUUCUUAAUUUUCGUUUGCAAUCUUCGAUUGUCACUUGUAAUCUUUUUUCUAGAAUCUUCAAUUUAUGCACUUUCGUGUUUCACGUUUUGAGGGUCGUUUGCCUCCCUUACCAUUUUCAUGUCGCAUGCGAUGUUAUCGAUUCAGCACAGCAACGUUCAUUAUAGCACAGACGAAUACCUCGUCGAUGUCAAAGCACUUUGCACUAAUUUGUAAAAACCAAUAAAGAGGAAUAAUUUGACAGUUUUUGAAAUUAUAUCGUCCGUUUAAGACGCCUAGCUUCUAUUUUGUACGUUUGUAAUUAUAGAUGACGCUGUGAUAUCAAUCAGCUGGUUCGUACAUGUAAAUUCACGCAUUGCAGAUCUAAAACUUGCCGAAUAAAACGAAAUUCUAAUUAACAUUAUUGAACUUCCCUCACCGGAAUGCCCUGAUUUUUGAAUUAAUAUAAAAUCGUAAAGAAUUUGGUAGCUUAGAGAAAUUUUUCACGAAUUACGCAACUUAUGAUAUACACAACAAUGUUUGUUAAUCGCUCGCUCGAAGCCGUGAGUUUCAACUCGCAACUGUCCACUACGAAACUCAAACCGUAACUGAAGAAAAGAGGAAACCCGAGGUGAACUAUGAAAGGCUAGCCCAAUUUUUGAACAGAGUUACACCAGGUAUAUUAGAAGUAUUAGACGAAUCGUAUGGAACCAAUGCGUUUGAAGAUUACGAACCCAAGACUGAUGAUGAUUCACUCACAAGCACGCAAUUCCUGCAAAAGAUUAAUAGCGUCGAAUCAGAGUCUCAGAUGAAAGUCAGUGAUAUAAGUUGGAGCAUUGGAGGUGGAACAUUAGCAGUUUCUUAUGGUAUUUUUUAUCAUGAAACCUGGUGUGACCAUCUAUCCAAAAUACAACUGUACAAUCAAACAAAAGAGGGUAUUUUCACGGAUAAUCCAAAUAAAACAUUGGAAACAAAUGCCUGCGUAACGACAUUGGCAUAUCAUCCAACUGAACCAUCCAUUGUAGCCAUUGGCUUAUUCAAUGGUGAUGUUCUUGUAUGGAACUUAAGAGAUGACAUAUCAGUGGCACCAACAACAAUUUGCACUCAUGGAGAUUGUGUAUCUCAAGUGUACUGGAAAGCAAAAACAAUAAAUGACGUGUCGUUACUAGUGAGCUCUAGCAAAGAUGGAUAUAUCUUUAUCCACAAGAUGAUGGCUAAUUUUACAAUUGCACGUGUAUAUAAACGAUUGAAAGUAAUCAAAGAGCACAAUCCAAUAGAGAACUCAAGGCCAUGUAGCGCAAGUGGAACACGCGAACGUGCUGUGGAAUGUGGAUUGUGUAUUACCACCUUUGAUUUUUCGUCGAGAGAUCCAAUAUUCUUUAUCGUGGGUACCUUAUGCGGUGGAAUAUAUAAAUGUAGUUUAGAUCGCAUUGCUCCUAUUGAAAACGAUGAAACUCUAAUGGAUCCUGUAAUAGACGAGUAUGAAAGACACGAAGGUAGCAUUACGUGCAUUAAAUGUUCGCCGAUACGUAAUCUUUUUGUUACUGCUGGUACCGACAAAGAAAUUCGCAUAUAUGAUUUCGAAGAGCACACGAACUUACGAUCAAUUUCCUGUGAAAAUACAAUCGUCGGUUUAACGUGGAUGUUCGGAGAUCAAGAUAUUUUGGCAACUUACGGUGCUGGCUCGGAUAUUAGAUUAUACAAUGUCACUAAUGGAAAAUCUGUGACAAACGUAAAUUUUGAAACGAACGACAGACAAAACACUAGCUGCUUACGUGUGAAUUUAAAGAAAAAUAUGGUGGCCAUUGGUGACACACAGGGAAAUAUAGAAAUUUGGAAAAUCCCAAGGCAGCUAUUGUAAGAAUUUUAAAUAAUACAUAUUAUAAAUACAUAUUAUUUAUGCACUGUAUUACUAAUAUUAUUAUCUUGCAAUCUACAUAUAUUUAUUGUAUGAUGAAAUAUAUUACUUUUUAUAAAAACGACAAAAAUUUUC